AAAGCCGAACGCGUCACAGAUUCAUAUUUAACCUUAAGAAUAGUUAAACAUGUAUUUUCAAAUAAUUAUUUAGAAGUAAAACGUAAGAGAACGUACUUUUAGUGGGUUUGUUGCACGGGGUUCGCUGUUGCUCCGCAGUAAACAAGUUAUAACACGGUGAACACGGGUUAUUCCGAACCACCGCGGAAUUCACGUUAGAAAAAUGUAUAAAAAUGUGUGUGUUUGCUAAAAGUGUGUGUGUUUGAUAAAGUGUGUGUGUGUGUGUGUUGUGUGUUCGGUGUGUGCGGCUCACCUCGGGGCGUCUUCCUCCAAAAACAGAAAUGAAACUGGGAGUUUUUAUCCGCGCGGUGAGUCACAGACCCGUGACCCGCGCUCUGCCCGCACAUGUCCCGAGUCACACCGAGUCACACCGAGUCACACCGAGUCACACCGAGUCACACGGGGAUUAGUGAGUCGUUAAAACUGCGCCGUGUUUUGUGGCGUGUUUGUGUUUGUUUCCGGUUUAAGUGUGUCUCCGCGGGCGGGGGUCUGUGUGUCAGGAUGGCCGAGCGGUCUAAGGCGCUGCGUUCAGGUCGCAGUCUCCCCUGGAGGCGUGGGUUCGAAUCCCACUUCUGACAAUAAAACUUUUUAACCAUUUGUCAAGAACAGAUUGUGUCCAAAAAGAGUCACAGGAUCAUUUUUACCUCCACUGAGUUUAUUCACUUUUAAAACCAUUUUUAUUUGUUUUGAAGUGUUUGAUCGGUGCCGCUGAACUGGAGCUCACUGAGAUCCUCCGUCCUCUCACUCCUGCGCCGUCGCUCAGGCCCAAGACCAGAUCCUCCUGAGACCAAGACCAGAUCCUCCUGAGACCAAGACCAGAUCCUCCUGAGUCCAAGACCAGAUCCUCCUGAGUCCAAGACCAGAUCCUCCUGAGUCCAAGACCAGAUCCUCCUGAGACCAAGACCAGAUCCUCCUGAGUCCAAGUCCAGAUCCUCCUGAGUCCAGCCUGAAGCUCAGAGGGUCUGAGCAGAGGGUCACUCAUGUCUGUGUCUCAGGUGUGUCCGGGUCUGUUUGUGUCGGAUCUGGAUUCGUCGUUGAAUUCUGCAGUUUUGACUCGAAGAAAAAUCAAACUCAUCGUCAACGCGAGCGGAAUAACACCACUCAAGUACCCACAAGUCCCGGGUCUGGAGGUGGUCGAGGUCCCGGUCCAGGACUUGCCUCACGCCUCUUUGGACCAGUACUUCGACCCAGUGUCAGAGAAGAUCCACCAGAACCUCAACCAGAACCACAACUGUCUGGUCCAUUGUACGGCCGGACGCAGCCGCUCCCCGGCGCUGGUCCUGGCCUUUCUCAUCAGGUUCUCCGGUCUGUCUCUGGCCCAGUCGUUCCGCGUGGUUCUGGAGUCUCGUCCUUUUAUCCGGAUCAACGCCGGGUUCUGGAUCCAGCUCCGGGACUACGAGGUCCGGGUCCAGAACCGCUCCACGGUCCGGAUGGUCCAGACCGAGUGCGGAGUCCUGCCCCACGUCCAGGACCAAGACCAAGACCAGGACCAGGACCAGGACCGAGGGGACGGCGUCUGCAUCAACGGAUAGAGGAACGCAAUCCUCUGCUCUGUUCCACCUGGUGAUGUCAUCGUGUGGUGAUACAGGAAGUGCUCCACUGUGUUUUUAAAGUCCACACUUCACCUUCACGAGAAUCAUCUGGAACAUUUCAGUCCUGGACCUGAAGGACUCGACUCAACUAAACGGAGAAGGAGCUGAGAACGUUUAAAAAAAAAAAAAAAAAAAAAAAAAGACCACUUGAUGACAUCAUAAGGUGGAACAGAGCGUUAAGAUUUACUCAAACAAACACAAGUCGAGCUCUGAGUGUGACCAGGAACAUCAGAACAUCAGAACACGACCUGAAGUUCAGUUUUAAAUCUUCUUGAACUUUUAUCAGUUUUUUUUUUUUUUUUUGUGUUGGAAAAAUUCAUUUUCUACAUCAUUUCACAGAUUUUAAAAUAAACUCGUCGGUUUUUGGAUUAUGGUUAAAUAAACUCUGACAGAGACGGUGGGUUUUGGUUUGAACUGUUCCGAGGUGAAAUCAUGUUCCGCAGUGAAGCUUUAACCACUUUAACUCUUAAUAAAUAACACAGAA